UAAGCAACUUUCUACCUCCACCUAGUCCUCCACUCCAACCCACCACCGAGGGGGUAUUCCCUGACCAUGAUGAGCCUCCCAGAUCAGCAUCGAUUACAUCCCCAAAUAGUGCGCUUGAAGCAGACAGCGUGGACAGGCCAUUGUCCCUACCCGCAGCAGAUCCUCAGCUACCCGGAGAUAUCGAUGAACAGAGUAUACCUCAUACCACAACUUCCGCCUUUGCGGAAGAUCCGGUAGCUGUUUCAAUUCCUGACCUGGUUCAGGAUAUUGUCUCUGAUACAACCCUAGAGACCUCUCCACAAGCGGGGGACGGCGAGCCAGAACCAAUUGAGCAUCUCGCACAAGAGCUGGCAGAACAACUUAUCAAAUUUCAAGGAUGCUGCAACGAGUGCCACCAGGCAGCAAAACGUAAUCAUAUGGAAGAUACAAAUGAACAUAUCAGCCUUGCUAUGUACCUGGACUUCACGCCUGAAUUAGGUCCCGACAUCCUCAGUCAUGAGACUAUCGCGCACCAGAAAGAUGAUCUAGCUGGAAAACUAAGCUCUGAAUCCAGGAGACAGCUCUUUUGUGGUGUUGGCUCCAGAGAGGAGGUACCAUAUAUCUGCUUAGAUGAAGAUGAGCGGGUUUCAGACGGUGCUGGGGUUACCUUCGAUAUAGACAGCGUCGUGGCCUUCCCGAGUAACCUUGCUGUGGCUAAGAAGGGAAUUCACUGGUCUCCUACCCGAAUGACCGUAUCUGAUCUUUAGUCUAAUCUCCAC